AUGCGGACCUUGGAUGAAGCUAGGAAGUGUUGGCCCCAGCUAGACGAAGUCACCUCUAUCAGUCAAUUGAGGAAGGCUGUGUCUUCGCCGGACAAGCCUCGGAUCACUUCAGGCUUACGGUCGAUAUGCUGGAAGAUAUUCCUCCUCUUCAAUAACCUCGACCGCACGUCAUGGCCGACCGCCCUAGUAGACUCGAGAACCGCAUACGACUCCCUCCGAUCCCACUUCCUGCGAGCAAUCGAACACCCAAAUGAGAUAGAGUCGGCGGUAGACCCCCUGAGUGAACAUGAAGAGUCCCCCUGGGUAGCUCUCCGCAAAGACGAAACUCUACGAGCCGAGAUAUUCCAAGAUGUUGAGCGAUGUAUGCCCGACAACAUGUAUUUCCGCCAGCCGUCGACUCAGAAUAUGAUGCUAGACAUAAUCUUCAUAUUUUGCAAGCUCAACCCGGAUGUUGGUUACAGACAAGGCAUGCACGAGGUGCUGGCGCCUAUCCUUUGGGUGGUGGAAAGAGACUCCAUUAACCCUGGAAGCAUAGAGCGGGGACGAAAUACUGGCACAGCAAGUAGACUGCUUCGCGAUGUCUGCGAUCUUCGCUUCAUGGAGCACGACACGUUCACGUUAUUCCGACUGGUUAUGCAGAACGCAAAAUUCUUCUAUGCUCCCGGAGAAGGACAAUCAGGGUUCUCGCAACAACCUCAAAACGAUACGCCGAUGUUGAUACGAAGCAAGAGGAUAUUUGAGGAGUAUCUUCCAAUGGCUGACCCCAGCCUGGCGGCUCAUCUGAAGAAGGUGGACAUAGUACCUCAAAUAUUUCUGAUGCGGUGGAUACGGCUUUUGUUUGGCCGAGAGUUUUCAUUCAACGAAGUAUUGGUGAUGUGGGACAUUAUCUUUGCCGAGGACUCCUCCUUAGAGCUUGUCGACUUUAUUUGCAUAGCGAUGCUACUUCGUAUACGAUGGGAUCUCGUUGAGGCCGACACAAAUACUGCUUUCACACUACUGCUAAGAUACCCAGAACCUGAUAAUCCACCAUUCACCUUUGUACAUGACGCGCUAUAUCUGCGGGAUAAUCUGAAUCCCCAGGCCGGUGCCAACAUUAUCAAGAAAUACGGCAAGAAAUCACCCCCAAUAUCGGAAAAUGAAUCGCGAGUAACCAAUCACGCUCGCACGUCAAUCGGAGCUUCAAACAGUCUCGUCCCGCAACCUGGGAGCCUAGAAGCUAUAUUACAGGAUGCUGCUCGAGGGGUUUACAACCGCGGGGAGAAAUGGGGCAUUGCGAAAGCUGUCCGUGACGCCGUUGGAGAAGUAAAGAAAAACGUGCAGACGUUGCAGCAGUCCAACUCUGGGCAAAGCACCCCACGAUCUGGCGGAAGAGAAUACAGGAAGCCGGCACGACCUGUGCUCAAAUCCACACAGUCCAACUCUGAAGUUUUGCGGAGGAUUUCUGCGCUCGAGACGCGCAACAAAGGUCUCGCCAAGAUGCUCGAGGGAGCACUCUCCGAAUUAUGGGAAUGCCACAAGGAGAAAAGCGACGAGGCGGAUGUUGACAAAGCCUCUUUGGAGGCAUUAAGUGUCGCUAUUGCCAAAGUCCAAUUCGUACAGGUCUAUCUAGAAGACGCAUCCAUACCUCUACCCAUCGAAGAAGACAAAGGCAAGGCACCAAUGAGGGUUCUAAUCCCACCAGAGCGCACCUCCAGCGCGCCACCAACCUCAAGCCCGGCCUCCUCAAGGUCCGCAGCUAUUUCCUCGCCAUCUUCCAAGCCUCCACGACCACAAAGAAGCAUUGGCAACGCGCCAUCAAGCAAAACCGCCCUUCCAAUCGAUAUCCCAUCUCUGCCGACCACACUAAAGAGCUCGACAUCUAGAAUCACCGCUGUGCCAACCAUUACAGCGCCCAGCCCCUCGCCACCCAGCCCAACCAUCUCCGUCUCUCCCCGCGUGCGUCCCGCCCUCGCACAAUCCGCCUUCUCCUGGAUGCUCGGCCAGGACGAGCGCACCUCCACAUUCGCAUCCGCAUCCGCCCACACAGCGUUCCCGUCGGACGAGAAGCGGCGCAUGGCCAGAGGCAAGGACAGCAUUGGCGGCAAGGGGUACCUAUUUGGCGAAGACGACGAGGAGGGCAGCCCGAUCAAGGAUGGACGAGCAAAGGGGAAGGGGAGUAAGGCGGAGAAGGAGAUUGAGGAGGAGGUCAUUGACUUGGGGCCGUUGGGGAAGAGCGCCGUUGCGUGA